UGCCAAACUUAACCAACUAUUCUUCAGUCUCUCUCUCUCUCUCUCUCUCUCUCUCUCUCUCUCUCUCUGCUAUGUUCUGUUCUGUUGAAACAUAUUCAAAAUAUGUCAAUAGUACUAAGAAAAUUGUUGGAAAUAAUCUUAAAACGCAAUCCAACAUCUUCAGAUGAACAACAACAACAACAAGUGUUGCCGUUGCCGUAUGGUGAUAUGGGUGAAUUAGAUCAACUACCAAGUGAUAUCUUGAUACAAAUUUUGAGACUUUUGGGUCCCAAAGAAGUUGCAAAACUGAGUGUGAUAUGCAAGUCUUUGAAAUUUUCUGUAUCUGAUAAUCGUUUAUGGCUUCACUUCCUUCAGACUCAUCAAUCUGAUCCAUCUUGGGAUUCUGUGUUUUUUGCUGAAACUAAUUUGAUCUCUGGUUACCCUCUUCCAUCCUUUGGCCAGAGGCCCCAGCUGUCAUUCAAACAUAUUUAUGGUCAGAGAGCUCAGGUUCCUGGUGCUAUUAUCAUUGAUGGCGGUUCCGGCUAUUGCAAAUUUGGUUGGAGCAAAUAUGCUUGUCCGUCGGGGCGAUCUGCAACAUUUUUGGAAUUUGGCAACAUUGAGUCACCAAUGUAUACUAGGCUUCGACAUUUUUUCGCAACUAUUUAUAACAGGAUGCAGGUGAAACCAAAAAAUCAACCAGUUAUUGUUUCUAUACCAAUAUGCCAUUAUGAUGAUACUGAAUCAGCCAGAGCAUCGAGACAGCAACUUAAAGAAGCAAUUUAUGCUUCCCUGUUCGACUUGAAUGUUCCUGCUGUUUGUGCUGUCAACCAGGCAACUCUAGCUCUGUAUGCUGCAAAACGUACUUCUGGAAUAGCUGUUAAUAUAGGUUUUCAAGUGACAUCAAUAGUUCCAAUUUUUAAUGGUAAAGUAAUGCGUAAGGUCGGUGUGAAAGUUGUGGGACUGGGAGCACUGAAAGUUACAGGAUUUCUUAAGGAGAAGAUGCAACAGAACAACCUAAAUUUUCAAUCAUUGUACACUGUUCGCGCUUUGAAAGAGAAUCUAUGCUAUGUUGCUCUUGAUUAUGAAGCUGAGCUAUUGAAAGAAAACACACAAGCAUCAUUUCAAGCUACAGGAGAUGGAUUGUUUACACUUUCAAAAGAGCGGUUUCAGACAGCUGAGAUUUUAUUCAAGCCACAUCUUGCUGGAGUGCAAGCCAUGGGUUUACACCAUGCCAUAGCUCGUUGUAUGGAGAAUUGCCAUUCUGCAGGAUUACCAGGCGACAACGAUUGGUACAAAACUGUAGUUUUAUCAGGUGGAACUGCAUGUUUGCCAGGUUUGGCAGAAAGAUUAGAGAAGGAACUCCAUGGCUUACUUCCUCCAUACAUGUCCAAUGGAAUUAGAGUCAUACCUCCUCCAUACGGUGUCGAUACUCCAUGGUUUGGAGCAAAGAUGAUUGGCAAUUUGAGCACAUUUCCUGGAUCUUGGUGUGUGGAAAAAAAGAAGUUCCGCCAGAAGCCUAGGCUCGGCCUCAUAUGGUGAUUAUUUUGUUCUAAAAUAUGUUUCCUCGGCAGUGUAAAUUAUUCUGCACCCUCCAACUUUAGGGAGGCUGGAAUAACAGGACUCGGUUUUUCAACGUCAUUUAGUAUAAUUAUAGAUACUAUGAUAUAUAUGAUUAGAAUCAUAUAGUAAACGUUGGGAUUGUUAAGAAUAAUGUAAAAAGUUGUGUGUCUUAUUUAUGUAAUAUGUAAUGUAACAAGAGUGAAGAGAUUGUACUAUGAUUGAAAAUAUCCUCGAGCUUAAGGAUUUGAAGUA